GAUUUAAGUACUGUAACCAGCAAUAAUAAUUCCAGUGUUCCCUAGGUAUGUGACUAUGGAAGUAGCAAUUUUAUACGGUGUUGCCCUCGUGGCGUUUAUUGUUCUUAUCAUUUGUCGUCGAGUCUGCUUGACUCUUACGGCGAGAUGUACUCAAUUUUUAAGGAGUCAUAUUUUAUACCCGUUGAUCUGGGAUCGCAAGGAACAUACCGAUAACCUUACUCGUCUUGGCUUAAUAUCUCUUCUCAUCCUCUUGGGGGUUUCUAGGGGGGAAAACCAACCCAUUGAUCGGUUUUUCUGGGCUGCCAUUUUCGACUUAUUACUUUGGUCACCAUUGGUUCGGAAGAAUCGCUACGUUAAGAAGCGCUAAUUCAUUUUGGGUUAUCCUUUUCCAAGAACAACAAUGAUAUAUCUGUAUCAGGCUAUAUCGUUGGAUCCGCUCUUGUCACCCUUACUAUCUUAUCUUUGUGGUUUGUGCGACGGAUACAUUAUGGUCUGUUUUUGAAAGUGCAUGUUGUCUUUUCACUUCUAGCCUUAGGCACAUUGAUCUGGCACAUUCGCCUAAUUGACCACUUAUUUUCAAAGGUCACUAUUUAUUCCGCAUCUGGCUUCUGGAUACUCACCACCCUUUUCAGAUUCUUUCGCAGCCUAUAUUAUGGUUUAAAUAUUGUAAACGUGUGGCAAGGCAAAGAAGCCCUUCGGAUGCAGGUUCAACUUCGACGACCCCUGAAAGUAUAUCCAGGAUGUUACUUCUACCUCUACUUCCCCUUCGCCCCUUUCCGCUUCAUGAUCCGGGGGUAUCCAAUGAAUGUGGCGUGGUGGAAUGUUGCCGACGCAGAAGGUUCAGGCUAUUCGUCUGAGCUCUUAUUCCUCAUGCACCGAAGAGGUACUAUCUCCAACAUAGCGGAACGAGAUGGAGGCUUUCGCAAGACAUUUUUGGACGGGCCUUAUGAGCAAAACCUAAGUCUCCAGGAGUAUGAGAAUGUUAUAUUAACCGCGAAAGGUCCGGGUAUCGUUGGAGUUCUUCCACACGCGCUACACUUAGCGGGAAGGCGAUUACACGACGACCGACAACGGAUGGGCGCUCCUUCUAGCCGUACACUUCAUAGAGGCAAGACGCGCAAGGUUGACUUGUUUUGGAUCCUCGAAGAUAACUCUCAGCAACGAUGGCUCCACACCGAACUGCGUAUCUUAUAAUCGCGGUUAGCGGGACUCGUCUUCGGUGGUGGGGAACGUACUCGACAGUGGUAUUAUCGGGAACGUCUUCGGCGGGGACAAUCUUCCUAAGUCCUAAACGUGAUCGUGUUUCUGUACCAGAUGGCGAUGGUGAUCAUCAGUGCGUUGCUAGCGUUAACGGGUGAAUAUGGGGCAUACCAUUGGGCCCCAUUAUGGGCGAUUGCCACAGGUGCCGGUGUAGGGUGUGUUUUGUGCUGAUAUACUAACAAGUUACGACGAAAGUGGGAUGGGUUUAAAGAAGACUAGGAAGCUAAAAUCGCGGGGCAAACUAGUAAACAAGCCUAGAUAGUUCAUUUUAUAUCUAGCGAUAUAAUGAAUUUUAUUGAUAUAGAUCUAGGCUACGAUUUAGUGUUUAUCCGAAGCUAUUACUAGCUAAUUGGUUGAUUGGGUAUUGGCUAACCUUGGAACAUAUAUUGUAGCUAAAGAGGGGUAAAGAUUACGAUAUAGGAAGAUGUAUAGGUACGUAUCAGGAAUCCUUUUUUCUUAAAUUAUCUUGCUUUAAAAUGGUAUUUAUUAUAAUUACUGAAGUAAUUAAUAAGAUUAAUAAACAUUUAUUAGGUAGUUGAUUGUAUUUGAAUGUGAAUCAGUAGAUAAAUGAGUAGUUUAAAGUCCUCCUGGAUU